AUGUUACGCUUUGCUUCCAAGAACGCUUCUCUUUUUGCUCGUAACCUCACCGCUUCUGGUGUUAGACAACUCCAUGGCAAGGCCGCUUUACCCCCUUUGCCUUAUGCUUACAAUGCUCUUGAACCUGCCAUUUCUGAAACCAUCAUGAAAUUACAUCAUGACAAGCACCACAACACUUACGUGACCAACUUAAAUGCUGCUCAAGACAAAUUGAGCCAGCCCGACCUUGACUUGAAGUCCGAAAUUGCUCUCCAAGCCGCUAUCAAGUUCAAUGGUGGUGGUCACAUUAACCACACCCAAUUCUGGUCCAUCAUGGCUCCUACCAGUGAAGGCGGUGGUAAGCCCGUUACCGAUGGUUCUUUGCACAAGAGCAUCGUCGCCAAGUGGGGAUCUCUUGAAAACUUCCAAAAGGAAAUGAACGGUGCUCUUGCCGCCAUCCAAGGUAGUGGAUGGGCUUGGUUGGUCAAGGACAAGGAGGGCAGUCUCCACAUUACUAGCACCUCCAACCAAGACACCGUUAUCAACGCCAAGGUUAUCAUUGGUAUCGAUGCUUGGGAACACGCUUACUAUCCUCAAUAUGAAAACCGCAAGGCCGAAUACUUCAAGGCUUUCUGGUCCGUUAUGAACUGGAAGGAAGCCGAACACCGUUACGCAGCCAACUAA